UUGGAAGCAGUUUUCAACAAAUUCUUAUUUCAAAGUCCAAAAUGCGUGCUCUGAUGGUUUUAGCUCUGUUGGCCUUCCUGGCUGUAAGCUUUGUGACUGCCCGUCCAGCUGAGAAUGAGGAAAUUGCUGUUACUGACGACGCUGAAGAGCCCACCGAUGACGAGGAGAGUAGUGAAGAUGGGGAAACGCAAGACAACAAUGAAGAGACAGGAGAGGAAGAGGCAAUUCCGGCGCCCAAGAAUGAAAGUCCUCCAUUUUGGCCCAGACUCGGAGGUCAUGGGCCAGUUCUAAUCCACGCCAAGCCUCGCUUCCUCGCCAUUGCUUAAAAUAUGUUAUCCGAUCAGUCCAGUCCAUAACGUAUGUUUGAAGUUCUCUGAAUAAAGAAAACCCCAAUUUUGAAAGUAAAAUUUGUUUAA